AUUUCCACUUGACAGUUUUGACAUUUGAUUGACCAUAACCCAAAAACCUCGCUGGAUGCAAACUUUGCGUCUUCCUUCCGAUCCUGUCGUAUAAAUUUACAGCGUGAAGUUUUUAUUAAGCAAGUUAUUUCCAUUAUUCAUAAACAUGUCUGCUAGCCCUUCAGUGAUUUCAGUUAAAAGCGCCGAUGAAUAUAAUGCGUUGAUCAAUGCCGAAAAAACCACAGUGGUGCUCUUUACCGCCGAUUGGGCUGAACAGUGUAAGCAUGUGCAAGAAGCGCUCGAGGAGCUUGCCAAGAUUUUGAGCGCAAAAUUACAGUUUGCUAGCAUAGUGGCCGAGAACUUUCCGGAGAUAUCUAUGAAGCACCAGAUUGAAGCAGUGCCCACCAUUAUUUUCUUCACUAAAGGCUCAGCCGUGGAUCGCGUAGAUGGUGUUAAUGUAGCUGAUAUCACUGCCAAGUGUAAA